AUGCCCGGGUGGGAUUCAGCAACACAGUGGCCGGGGCAAUUCAAUGCCGGCGAUCGCGUGAUAGGCUUCGCGGCGCCCGCGCUGGACAAGCCUAAGCAGUACGGAGCGCACCAGGACGUCCACUGCGCCCGCCAUUUCGUCUACCACGUGCCAGCCGCCAUGCCGAUGGAGGAGGCCGCAUGCUUCAUGGUAGUAACGCACACAGCGGCCGACGCGCUUUUCAACCAGCUCCACCUCUCGCUGGACGCGUCCGGCAACGACAAUCCUGCACCCCAACCCCUCCUAGUAUGGGGCGGCGCCAGUGCCGUCGGCACGGCCGCCAUUCAACUCGCCGUCAAGGCCGGAUGCACUCCCAUCCUCACGACGGCCUCAUCGCGCAACAACGCGGCCCUUCGCCAGCUCGGCGCUACCGAGUGCUUCGACUACGCAGACCUGGACGUCGUCAGCAAGAUCGGCGCCGCUCUGGCGAAAUACACCUCCCGGCCCCUGGCGCGCGUGCUGGACGCGGUUGUCGCCCGCAACCCGCCCCCUUCCUCGACGACCCUCUGCGAAGCAUGCGUCGAUCCCACCACCGAAAACGCGCUCUUCACCUCGCCCGUCCCCGCGACAAAGGAGGCAACACGACCCUGGACUCGCACCUUUGCCUGCCGCAACGUGGCCGUCGACUUCACCCUGCCGGACGGGACGGUGCUUCGACACGCCCCGGAUCAACAGAUGCAAGACCGCAUCGACCACGCGAUCCGCUGGGCCAUCGCCGCGUACGGCACGGAAUAUAGGAUGCCCAAUGUGGCGGUAGUGCAGGGUGGCGAGGCGGGCAUACGUGCCAUGCGCGAUGCCGUGGCUGGGAAGGCUAGUAUGCAGAAGUUUGUCAUCCAGCAUCCGAUUUAG